CUGGUUUUUAGGUGUUAGGUUGGACAUGGAGCAUGUGGUUGUUGCAGUGAAGGGUUAUACAACUUGCAGACAAACAAAUCCCCCCGGUAGUAAUGUAAUUUCACAAUAUUUAAAGGGCUUUUUGUAAAUCAGAAUUUUUUAUAUUCCACAGGUGGGUUCUCUUCUUCUUCUUCUCUCUCUCUCACCGAGUCACUCCCACUGUCAGAAAAAGACUGGUCUGGGGUGGAAUUCCAAUCUUCAAAUUCCUUCAAACAAGUCAUUUCCUUUUUGGGAAUGUUUCGAGCUCUGAGUUGUGUUUUCAUGGAGGUUUCUCUGUUACUUGAAAUGGGUUGGUGAUGUUGCUUUAAGAUAAUGCUUCUGGCAAGCGAAUUCAAAGGUUCCUUUACAGCUCUGACGAAGUUUGGAUAACACAUAUAGAAGGACACUUUUUGGCAACAGACUACUCUUCAAUGCAAGCAUCGAAGCAGCAAAGAAGUUCAGGGAUGUCAAACCGGUUGCAUUAUCAGCCAAUCCAAGAAGUAGAAGCCUACUGCUUGCCUCGGUUCCAAACUUUGGACCCCCAGCUACACUACAACGAGAGCUGCCAAAGUACCCAUCUCCCAAUGCAGAGUUUCGGCUACUGCACUUUGGAGUCUUCCUGGUCUGAUGGUAGCUACACCAUUUAUAACUCCCCAUCAAAUGUCAGCUUCUCACCUAGUGGAAGCCCAAUGUCACAGCAAGACUCUCAUUCGUAUCCGUCUGAGCGGUAUCAUUCCCCUGACCAGACCUACAGCCCUCCGAUAAGUGGAUCCUGCAUAACUGAUGAUGCACCUGACUUCAAGUACAAGCUGAAACAAUUAGAAACUGUAAUGCUGGGUCCUGAUUCGAAUAUUCUUGAUAACUAUUGCAUCAAUGUCCCAAAUGGAGCGAGCAAUACCCUGCCAGACACGGACAGCUGGGGACAGAUUAUGGAAACAAUCUCUAAAAAGGAUUUGAAGCAAGUCCUCAUCUUCUUCGCAAAAGCAGUAGCUGAUAAUGAUCUGUUAAUGGCACAAUGGAUGAAGGAUGAGUUACGCCAGAUGGUAUCAGUUUCAGGUGAACCGAUUCAGAGGUUGGGGGCAUACUUGCUGGAAGGACUAGUUGCACGGAUGGCAUCCUCAGGGAGUAACAUUUACAAAGCACUGAGAUGCAAAGAACCAGCGAGUUCUGAGCUCCUCUCUUACAUGCACAUUCUUUAUGAGGUUUGUCCCUACUUCAAGUUUGGGUACAUGUCUGCAAAUGGAGCCAUUGCAGAAGCCAUGAAGGACGAGAACCGAGUUCACAUCAUUGAUUUCCAAAUUGGUCAGGGGAGUCAGUGGAUCACUCUAAUCCAGGCUUUUGCAUCCAGACCUGGUGGACCACCCCAUAUCCGUAUAACAGGUAUUGACGACUCCAUGUCAGCUUAUGCCCGUGGAGGAGGACUAAAUAUUGUGGGAAAGAGGCUGUCUAAACUUGCUGAGUUGUUUAAGGUGCCGUUUGAGUUUCAUGCUGCAGCCAUGUCUGGCUGCGACGUUCAGCUGGAGCAUCUUGGCGUUCGACCUGGGGAGGCUUUGGCUAUGAACUUUGCAUUCAUGCUGCACCGCAUGCCAGAUGAAAGUGUCAGCACUCAGAACCAUCGGGAUAGGCUGUUGAGGUUGGUUAAGAGCUUGUCUCCGAAAGUGGUGACCCUUGUUGAGCAAGAAUCUAACACAAAUACUGCUGCAUUUUAUCCACGCUUUGUAGAAACUCUAGAUUACUACACAGCUAUGUUUGAGUCAAUUGAUGUUACUCUUCCGAGGGAUCACAAGGAGCGGAUCAAUGUGGAGCAACACUGCUUGGCUAGGGAGGUUGUUAACAUAAUAGCGUGUGAGGGCAUUGAGAGGGUGGAAAGACACGAACUUGUUGGGAAAUGGAGGUUGCGCUUCGCAAUGGCUGGAUUUACACCAUACCCUCUAAGCUCAUUGGUAAAUGCCACCAUCAAGACGCUGCUAGAGAACUACUCAGACAAAUAUCGACUUGAAGAGCGAGAUGGAGCACUCUAUCUUGGUUGGAAGAACAGAGAUUUGGUUGCUUCUUGCGCAUGGAGGUGCAAACCGAGCACGAAUUGAUGCUUCUUUUUCCGAAUGGAGGUGAGGCAAGCUUAGAGAACAGAACAUGUUUUUUCAUGUGUUCGUACAAUUGUAAGCUGCCAACUGUUGUAAGGAGCCAUUUCAUGGUUGUCUCAGAGAGAGAGAGAGAGAGAGUUGGCCUGGAUUGGCCAAAUGUUUUUUUUUUUUCCUUCCUUUUUUUAAGGAAGUUUAAGUCUAAAUACCAUCAAAUAAAGAGAACUGAAGGAAAGGACUGGGAGAUUUCUUUUCCAUGUUCAUCAUACUCUAA